AGUAAUAUAAGAAACAACAUACUGGUAAAGAAAUUAAAGACCGCGUUAACAAGAAAACUCCCAUUUUCCAUAGAUAUUUCCACAAAAUCGCAUCUUUAAAACCCCCCAAUCUUUUAAUACAAAACACUUCCAAUCCAGAUUUGCGAACGUAACGAGAUUAUUUUCUUUUCUCAUGGCCAAUCUUGACGGAAAUGAUGAGCCUGCAUGGCUAGAGAGAGUUAGAUCAGAAGGUGCUGUCCCACUCUGUGAUCCAGAUAACUGUUCUAAUGGAUGGGCUUCUCCACUGGGUGAUUCUUUUAAGGUAAGGGGACCAGAUUAUUUUACAACGAGGGUUAAAGUGCCUGCUGGUGAAUACCUUCUGAAGCCACUAGGUUUUGAUUGGGUUAAAGGUUCUACAAAACUUUCGGAGCUUUUAAACGAUCCAAAUCAUCGUGUUAGGAAAGUGCUACAGGAGGAAUUUCCAGCAGGUGGUGAACCAUUUGUCUGGGCCUUCAACCUGCAGGUCCCAAGCAAGGAAAAUUUUAGUGCUGUUGCAUAUUUUGUCUCUAUGAGUUCUUUUCCAGAGGGAUCUUUAGUGGACCAGUUCUUGAAAGGGGAUAAUAAUUUUAGGAUUUCUAGGUUAAAGAUGAUUGCAAAUAUUGUUAAAGGACCUUGGAUAGUUAAAAAAGCAGUUGGUGAGCAGGCUAUAUGCAUAAUUGGCAGGGCACUUUCGUGCAAGUAUAGCCAAGGAGAUAAUUUUAUAGAAGUUGACAUAGAUAUUGCAUCUUCAAUGGUAGCAAAUGCAAUUGUUCAUCUGGCUUUUGGCUACAUAACAACUCUCACCGUUGAUUUGGCUUUUCUCAUUGAGAGUCAGACCGAGUCAGAGCUUCCUGAACGAAUCUUAGGGGCUUUUAGAUUUUCUGAGUUGAACCCAGCUUCAGCAAGGCCUAUUGAAAUGCAUUCUUAUGGCAGCCUGGGUAUGCAGUCUUCUCUAUCGAUGCGAUUAUGGAAGUCUAUUGGGAGUUUUAUUCUUCCAGGCACUCAAGAAAAUAGUUCUGGUCCUGGUUCUGGUUCUGGUUCUGGUUCUGGUUCUUUGCAUACCAACGGUAUUAUUGAUGAUCAAACUAAAGAGGACAAAGAAAGUAGCUCUGAUUCUGGUUCUUCACAUGUCAAUGAGAAAAGUAAAGAGGAAACAAGUAAAUGCACCCAAGAAAAUAGCUCUGAUUAUGGUUCUUUGCAUGCCAAGGGGAUUACUGAUGAUGAAACUAAAGAGGACACAGAAAGUAGCUCUGAUUCUGGUUCUUCACAUGGCAAUGAAAAAUGUAAAGCAGAUACAAUUAAAUGAUAUGCUGAGCACCAGGCUGACAUCUAAUGAAGAAUCAAUGGGCAUUUGGCUUCUCCAUGGUUGCUCCUGCUACCUACUGACUGACUCCGUCUUAUCAAUUCAAUGAGGGAAGUUCUGGCGGCAUUAAAAUCUAUUGGUCUGUUGUCAAAAUCGGGUCUUGUAGCUACCUGUGCACAAUCUGAUUGUUUUGCUCUGUAAAUAGUUACAGUAUUAACAUUGCAUUCUUUAUUGUUUCUGACUGCCAACAAAUGCCCCCUUCCCUAACCUCCCUUUCAAUGUAUUUGCAAUGGUAUGACAAUGUAUUUGGGUGAGCGGUAUUACGAUGUAUUUGCAGUCAUAUUGUCGUAGAAUCAGUGAAAGGAGACAGUCCCUCAAAACUUUGAUGGGUCAUUACAUAA